UCCCUUAAAAAAAAAAAUAUUUUUUAGUUCCGAGGUUACUCCCAACAGCAGCAAUACAAGCAGUAAUCUGGAAGCUUCUGAUAGCUUGCCAACAGCUGAGGAUUGCAUGGCAGCUGACACCAGUUUAGAAGCUCCUCAAAAAGCUGCUGGGAAGACUACAAAAGCAGCUGAGGAAGCAUCUAGUAAAGAUGGUGUUCAAGAUAUUGAAACUAAUAAAGGCGAAAAGUCAAAGAACUCCACACUGGGAGAGCCUGUUAAAACGAAGAAGAAGAAGAAGAAGAAGAUUGCCGCAAGCAGAGAAGAUGAUCAUGACGAGGAAGAUGAGGAAGAUGAAGAAGAACAGGAUAACGCUAGAGUACUGGCCCGGAAAAAGAUUGAACGUUAUCAAUGCCUGGAGUCUGAUACUGAUGAAGAAAGCGUAAUACCACUCUCCAAAGCGAAGAAAGCCAGAAAGCGGAAAGUUCCAGAAAGAUUGAACGACUCCUGGUCCGGGAGUGAUUCAGAUCCAGGACCAACAAGAAAGCGCAUUGUCGCAGUAAAAUCUCCCGCUAAAGCACGUGGUAAGAAAAUUACUAUCAAGAAGGUGACAGAGACCUGGUGUAUAGAGGAGAAGGAGGGGAAGGGUAAGAAGAAGGGAAGGAAACCAGCUAAUCUGGAAGGGGAGAAGAAGAGAAGGAAGGGAGGAGAAGAGGAAGGUGAGCCGGAGGUGAAAAGUGGAAAGAAGAAACGAAAUUCUAAUCUAGGAGAAGGUUCUGAGUUGAUAAGGCCCCGAAGAUCUGCUACCGCUAUGUCUUAUGUUGAAUCCAACUCCGACGAUGAAUAUUGAAGAAAUCCACGCAAAAUUCAUCCUGAAGAAGAAUCCUAGGAUUUUGUUUACUCCCGCCAUUUUUUUUAUUUUCCCGCCAUUUCAUUAAUAUGUCUUGUUUAUAAUUCAAUUAUUUUGUUUGGAAGCUUUUAUGUUAUAGCUGAUCUAGAACUUUUUACUAUAAUGGAUAUAUUGUUAACAUUUUAAUGCAAAAUAUUAUUCCUAUGUCUUAUGUAAGAAGCGCAGCUUUAUUGCAUGUUCAUAAACUUCGAUCUAAAUUUUAUAAUUUAUAAUUUUUCA